AACGUUGUGACGCGACGACGUCACCUUGUAACGAACCUAAUCUAUUCAAUUCCAAUAUCUAACUGUUAGUUUCGCGGCGGCAGGCGGCGCGCAUGAGGCUUGUUAGGGUUGCGUGAGAGCGGGGAUCAUGCUCUGAAGCUCUGAAGCUCGGAUCCCUGGAUCUAACCAUUUACGCUACGUCGUUCGUUUUCUCCGCCCCAGUCUCGUAGAACAAGCCGAACAUCAGCCGUCGAUCAGGAUGAUCGACGGCGCAGCGCUACUCCCCGCGCAGGUGUUGCGCAACCUCUCCGACAAGCUCUACGACAAGCGCAAGGCGGCCGCGCUCGAGAUUGAGACGGCAGUGAAGGCGGCUGUAGCAGAGGGGUACGAUGAUAGAAUCAACGCCAUCAUUGCGCUGCUGGCCAAUGAUUACGCCACGUCAGCACAGCCCAACCAGAGAAAGGGCGGGCUCAUUGGUCUGGCUGCUGUGACUGUGGGGCUCGGGCCCGACGCCAGCCAGUAUCUAGAUCGCAUAGUCCCUGAGGUGCUCAAGUCCUUCUCGGACUCGGACAGUCGGGUGCGCUACUAUGCGUGCGAGGCACUCUACAACAUUGCUAAGGUGACACGUGGCGACUUCAUAGUGUUCUUCAACGACGUCUUCAACGCCCUCUGCAAGCUCUCUGCUGACCUGGACCCCAACGUGCAGUCCGCCGCCCACUUGCUCGACAGGCUCGUCAAGGACAUUGUGACAGUCAGCGAUCAGUUCAGCAUAGAGGAGUUCAUCCCUCUGUUGCGGGCGCACAUGAGUGUGCUCAACCCCUUCGUGCAGCAGUUCCUGGUGGGCUGGAUCACAGUGCUGGACAGUGUACCUGACAUAGACAUGCUUGGCUUCCUGCCAGACUUGCUCGAUGGUCUGUUCAACAUGCUGGGCGACUCGGCGCACGAGAUCCGAGUGCAGGCAGACAGCGCUCUGAGGGAGUUCCUGCAUGAGAUUCGCCACGCGCCUGCGGUGGAGUACGGGCGCAUGAUGGAGAUACUGGUGCAGAGAGCGGGGUCCUCCGAUGAGUUCACUCGCCUCACUGCCGUCACGUGGAUCAACGAGUUUGUGAAGCUGGGUGGCGCUCAGAUGAUGCCAUUCUAUGCCGCUGUGGUGGGCGCCAUUCUGCCCUGCAUCGCCGACAGAGAGGAGAAGAUCGCUGCGAUUGCCCGCGACACAAAUGAAGAGCAGCUGGCGAGGGUGAGGGAGCAGAGUGUGGCGGAUGGCUUUGAUGUGCCAGCAGUGGUGGAGAUAGCACGGAGGGAGCUGAGGAGCAGCUGGGAGGCCACACGGCUAGAAGCUCUUGCGUGGAUCGCCACCCUUCUGCACCGCUUCCCACACCAGCUGCUUGACCUCAUGGACGACCCCUCCACUGCCCUACUGGAGUCUCUGCUAGCGGCGCUGGCAGACGAGUCGGACCAGGUGGUGCUGGAGGCACUCUCAGUGCAGGCAACAGUGGCCAGCCACCCAAACCACUUCCACCGCCUUCUGCUUCUGCUGCUCCUGCGGUUCAACUCCGACCGUGCCCUCCUAGACAGGAGAGGCAGCAUCAUCAUCCGCCACCUGUGCGCCAUGCUAGAUGCGGACAAGGUGCUCAGGGAACUAGCUUUCAUCCUCCAGAACGAGUCGGACUGCGACUUUGCCGCCACCAUGCCGCCCCCUGGCCUUGCUUCUGCUCCUGCUGCAGCUGCUUCUGCUGCUGCAGGGGGUCCUGGCUCCUCUUUCUCCCCCUCCCCCUCCUCCUCGUUCUCCCCUCCUGCGCUCGUAGGUGCUGGUGGUGGGGUUGGUGGGGGUGGUGGUGGAGGUGAGGUGGGCACUACUGCUGCUGGUAAUCCAGCCACAUCAGCAGCAGGAGCACCAUCGGCAGGAGCAGCAGCACCGGGAGGCAGGGGGUUGUUCCUGGCGCUGUACCCAGCGUGGUGCCACUCGCCCAUAGCGGCCGUGAGCCUCGACCUCUCGCUCAGCCUCAUGGUGCAGGUGGACAAAUUGGUUCUCCUGCUCGAAACGCCGAUCUUUAGCAGGCUGAGAUUGCAGCUUCUGGACCCCUCCCGCUCGCCUGCUCUUCUGCGAGCGCUCUACGGCCUCCUCAUGCUGCUGCCGCAGCAUGGAGUUGCCUUCCGAGUGCUGCACACCCGCCUCUCCACCGUCCCCCCUCCCUUCAUGCUCCACCCCACUCCUUCCCCCAUCCCCCCCCUCCCUCUCCACUCCGUCUCCUCCUACUUGCCUUACCUACCCACCCCUCUCCCUGCCCCUAUCGCUGCUGCCACACUCCCCCCACAUCUCAACCCAACCGCCACCGCAUUUUCCUCCAAGCCCUCCUCUCGCUCCUCCUCCCCUCCCCCCCACUCCUCCUCCCUCAACGGCCCGCUCCCGCACUCCCAUCUUCUCUUCUCUGCCUCAGCAGCAGCAGCAGCAGCAGCGUUAGGUGCUGCCUCACAGCCUGUCAGCAUUCCCUCACACGGUAACUCUCUUUCUCAGAACAGCAGCAGUACUGCCAGUUUAGCCGCGGACAUGGGGGGAAGCCAAGAGGAGCGAGGUGGGGGACAAGGUACUGCUGCUGUCUCUGCGACUCCUGCUGCUGCUGUUCCUUCCAUGCCCUCUGCUGCCCCAGCCUUCCCCGUCGCUGCUGCUGCCAUGCGCAGUGCUUCUUUCAAUGCCUUCACCCCUCCUGCUGCCACUGCCUCUGCUGCCUCUGCAGCUGCUACUGCUGCUUCAGCUGCUGCUUCAGCCCAAACAGCCUAUGCCAUGCGUUCUAGUGCCACAGAUGGGGCGGCCGUUCCUCCAUCAUUUAUCCCACAGGGUAAUUUACCCUCUGCUGCAGCAGUAAGAGCGGGCAGCUGGUCUGGUGCCCCAGCAGCAGCACUGCCUCCUAUGGCAGUGGCAGGAGGAGCAGGUAUACCAGCAGGAGCAGCAGAAACGCCAAGUUUAGGCGCUGGUUUGGCUCGAGAAACGGCAAUGGUCAAUGGAGCUGGUAUCGCCACUACCAGCACCAACACUGGCGCCAGCCCCGCCAUCAGCAUAGAUGGAAGCGGGUCCUCAUUAGACGGCCCGCCACUCCUCCGGAUGUUCCUAGACGUGCAACGGAGACACAAGGAGCUGAGAGCGCUGCCAGGUGGCAGCACGGGAUUGGGUCCUGCGCAGGGGAUGUUUGGUGGAGCAAUGGGGACUUUUCAGGGAGGAGGGGGGGGAGGAGUGGGUGGAGCACAGUUGUCAUUGGCAGGUGGGGAUGGAUUUGGGAUGGUUGGGGGUGAUGAUGGGCAUUCGGGGAGUGGAUCAGGAAGAGGGGGCGUGUCACACUCACAGCAUGGAGGUGGGGGGUACUUCCAACCACUACAGCAGGAAUAGCAGCAUUUCUUGAAGUUUACAGGCAGGUGCAAUGCAGCACUUAGGAAAUUGUAAAACAUGAUUUGUGGUACGAUUGACAAUCUUGGGCAAUCUUGGAUGCAUGAAAACACAGUCUUGAGAAUUCUUGCAUUGGUAUACUGGUUGUUGGAAAUAAUGAAAUGACUUGAUC